GUCUUCAUGCUGCAGUACAUCCUCACGCACAAGUACGAUGUCGGCGCUCUGUGCAACGGAAUUCUGGCCGGCUUGGUAUCCAUCACAGCGGGGUGCGGAAAUAUGGAGUGUGGAAGUGCUGUGCUUACUGGCUUCAUUGGUGCGUUCUUCUACCAAGCAGCCCACAUGCUCCUG